AUGUUGCUCUCCAUACUUGCGCUGUUUACCCUUCUACUGCAAGAGGUUUCAGCAGUCCGCUUCACACCAUUUUCACCAUGCGCUGAUGUCUGUGGUGGCAUGAUAGCGAACACCACUCACUCUGAGAUUGUGUGUCAUGAUGAUGAAUUCGAGUCCACAGCCAAGGGACGUCGUUUCCGUGACUGCGUGUCAUGCGAACUGCAAAGUACAUUUUAUGAUGUGCCUCACGACGAAUCUGAUGUUAAAUGGGGCCUAUAUAACAUGCGAUAUGCCUUUUCCGCUUGUAUCUACGGCUUCCCUGCGGUGUUACAGUCAUUAUCAACUCCAUGCCAGGUUACCUGUCAAGGUCUAUCUGAGUCCAUCCAAUACAAACUAAAGGAUCCUAUCGGAAGGAACCUCUAUGACUUUUGUGGGAUAUCGACAUUCUCUGAUAAGGAUAUCACCGAUUGUACCAUAUGCUACUCCCUGACUGAGAAUGAAAAGUUCCUUGCCAACUUCCUCGAGGCUUUCCGCGAAGGAUGCCGCGCCAGAGUCCCUGCAGGAGACAAGUUUUUUAUUGAGCCCAAUAGGAUCUUCAACAAGUUGGCCUUACCCGCCGACCAAGAUCCACAACUCCCGGGCAAGAAUACGGGCCACUCGAGGAAAAAUUUGAUUCUCAUCAUUGUUUUACCCAUCAUUGGAUUCUUAUUAUUCGGGGCGGCUCUAUCCGUAGGUUGCUUCUUCUUUAUCCGCAACCGUCGCCGAAGAUCCCGGCGGGAGAGUCAGUCGAGUAGUCUGCAUGAAAGAUGGAAUGAUACCUCCAUCAUGACUCCAUCACACAAUGGCUUGCACAAGUAUUGGGGAGGCGAGCAAACUCCCCAUCCUCAGUACCCAUACGAUCCUAGUAUGGCACAGUCUUAUAACCACUCAUACUAUGGUCCGGAUCAACAGGAUGUCAAGUAUCCAUCUGAGGCUCAUAUGAUGACCUCCCUCACUCAAACGACCCAACAUGCCACCGAUGGCGACCGAAAAGUCCCAAUACUAUCUGCAGCACCACCUCCAAGGAAAUCCCUAACAAACAAUAGAUAG